AUGAGUAACCCUUCUAUUACUAACGAAAAGGCUGUUGGAACAUUUGCUAAACUAAUACAAAAAACCGUGGAAUUAGAAAGACAACUUCACGAAUUAAAAGCAGAAAAUAAAACUUUAAAAGAAGAAGUUGAUAAACAUAAAUCAACCCAUGAAGAAUUAAGAUCAAAACAUGAAGAAGAAAAAGCGAAAAUUAGAAAUGAUCAUGAAAAUGCGAAAGAACAACAUGAAAAAGAUAAAGAAGAUCUUAGAAAAAAACAUGAAGAUACGAAAAAAACACAUGAUGAAGAAAAAGAAGACAUGAGAAAAAACCAUAAUCAAGAAAAAGAAGAAAUGAGAAGUAAACAUAAUCAAGAAAAAGAAGAGAUGAGAGAAAACUUUAAAAAAGAAACAGAAGAACUAAAAAAUAAAAAUCAAGGCUUAGAAUUCCUUGCCGAAUUAGUUACACAAGCCAACCAUGUCCUUGAUAAUACUCAUCAUUAG